AAAAAGCCCCGACAUCAAGCGUCCCUCGAUGGCCACCACUCUCACGUUCGGAGCUCCGAGGCUCCAUUUUUAUCCCUCGACCCUCAAAACCCUCUCCAGAAAUCUCCCUCCUUUCUCCCUCCUCUCUCUCAAACCCUCCUUCUCUGCUUCUUAUGCCCCUCGCCGCGCCCUAGCAGUCCGAGCUAACGGGUCGGAUCCCGUCGCCGGAUCCGAUAACGGGGCGAUUGGGGAGUCCGAGAAGAAGUACGAUUUUGAUCUGUUCACGGUUGGGGCGGGGAGCGGCGGGGUGAGGGCGUCGAGGUUCGCGGCGAAUUAUGGCGCCAAAGUGGCGGUGUGUGAGCUUCCCUUCGCUACGAUUUCUUCGGAUGUCGCUGGUGGAGUUGGGGGAACCUGUGUGCUUCGAGGAUGCGUACCAAAGAAGUUGCUGGUUUAUUCAUCAAAAUAUUCUCAUGAGUUUGAAGAGAGUCAUGGCUUCGGAUGGAACUAUGAAACUGAGCCAAAGCAUGAUUGGAGCACUCUGAUGGCCAACAAGAAUGCUGAAUUACAGCGUUUGACAGGGAUUUACAAGAAUAUUUUGAAGAAUUCCGGGGUAACAUUAAUUGAAGGUCGAGGAAAGAUAGUCGACCCACAUACUGUUGAUGUAGAUGGGAAACUUUACUCUGCUAGGCACAUACUUAUAUCCGUUGGUGGGAGACCAUUUGUUCCAGAGAUUCCUGGAAAAGAGUAUGCUAUUGACUCAGAUAUUGCAUUGGAUCUUCCUUCAAGGCCUGAUAAGAUUGCUAUAGUAGGGGGUGGAUACAUUGCUUUGGAAUUUGCUGGUAUCUUUAAUGGAUUAAGGAGUGAUGUCCAUGUUUUUAUCCGCCAAAAGAAAGUCCUUCGAGGGUUUGAUGAGGAGGUCAGAGAUUUUGUUGCUGAGCAGAUGUCCCUUAGAGGUAUUGAGUUCCACACUGAGGAAUCCCCUCAGGCAAUCAUCAAGUCGGCGGAUGGUCUGCUCUCAUUAAGAACCAAUAAAGGAACUGUGGAUGGUUUUUCACAUAUAAUGUUUGCUACAGGUCGCAGGCCUAACACAAAGAAUUUGGGGCUGGAGGAGGUUGGAGUAAAAUUGGCCAAGAAUGGAGCAAUACUGGUUGAUGAAUAUUCUCGCACAUCAGUUGAUUCUAUUUGGGCUGUUGGAGAUGUUACUGAUAGGGUGAACCUGACUCCUGUUGCGUUGAUGGAAGGAGGGGCAUUUGCAAAAACAGUAUUUGGGAAUGAACCUGCAAAGCCAAAUUACAGUGCGGUGCCAUCUGCUGUGUUUUCUCAGCCACCAAUUGGCCAAGUUGGUCUUAGUGAGGAGCAGGCCAUUCAAGAAUACAGGGAUGUUGAUAUCUACACAGCUAACUUUAGGCCGCUGAAGGCUACUAUAUCCGGGUUACCUGAUCGGGUAUUUAUGAAGGUCAUUGUAUGUGCAAGAACAGACAAAGUUUUGGGGGUUCAUAUGUGUGGCGAUGACUCUCCAGAGAUUAUACAGGGGAUUGCUAUUGCUGUUAAGGCAGAGUUAACUAAGGCAGAUUUUGAUGCCACAGUUGGUGUUCACCCUACAACCGCAGAGGAACUUGUCACAAUGAGGUCCCCCACUCGAAAAAUUAGGAGAGAAUCCUCAGCUGAGGAGAAAUCCGAAGAAAUCAAGUCAGCAGUCUAGCCUUUUGGAGUUGUGGUAGAGAAAUGGCAAUCAUCAAGAACUCGGUGCAUGAGAUUUUCGAAGAGUGCCGGAAGGCUUUCUUGGCCUCGAGUAUUCAUAUUCAAUUUUGGUCAUGCGAGGUUGUGGAUUUAUGUACAUACUCUCCUAAAACCAAAGACUGGCCCUCACAUCUUUAUUUAUCUCGGCAGUUAACAAUAUUGUUGGCUGUAUAGGGGGAAGCUCCUUGUAUUUGAGGGUUAGAUCUAUUGAUCACAUAGGCUGAGUUCUUAAUUUA